AUGGGACGGGCAAAAAAUCGAAAAGUUGUCCCAGCUCGGAAUAAACAACAUAUGAAUGUUAAUCUCCGAGAUCACACGGUUAUCAUCGAAUGUCUUAAGCCUUACUUGAGUUUGUUGCCAGAUCUGAGGUCGUUUGGAACGACGAAGCAGAAGUCGCUUCACCUUGCUUUGUAUCAUGUGGGAUGUAGUGCAGCUCAAGCUCUGGAGUCUUAUCUCAAAGAGAAGCCGAUUACUUUGAAGGGAGAUGAUAGUUCGGUAAGUUUAUUGUUAUUUUUGUUUUUUUUUUAAUUUUUAGGUAACAGUCUCAUAGUUUUGUUAGCUGACAUUAUUUUUACGAUAAGACUCAAGAAAAUAAUCAAUUGAAUUUGUUGAAAAAAAUACGUUUUAAAGAUUUUCAAACAACAAGUUUUUGUAAAUUAAGUUGUUGUUUUAGUCGGAAAGCGAAGAACUUCGACUUUUGUUGAACUAUGUUUCUGUGGAGAUGGCCGCUGAUGACUUGAAGCGUGUGUGCAUGGGCGAAGAUGGCAAAGUAUUGUUGAGGGAUGAGCAUAAUAAAAUACUGAACGAAGUCGCUGCUGCUGCCUUGUCUGCAUUUGCUUUUGCCGCAGCUCGAAGGUCAGCAACUCGACAUGUCGAGUACCUGAUGAACCCUACCGCUUCGGUGGACGUCCCUGAAGAAACCGGCUCUCAUACCUCGACGGCCGUCAGUGCUGACCCUAAAGGAGGAGUUUACGGACAUGGUAGUUACGUGGACUCAUUGUUAACUAAUCCUUUCAAUUUGAAACACAGGCGCAAAGGUGGGGAUGAUGAAUAUUCUGAAGACGAGGAGCCUGAAGACGAACUGGACGAUGACGAUAUAGACGAGCAUUCGGAAGAACUUGAGAUUGAUCGAACGGAUGCUUUACUUAGGUUUUGUUGUUCUGUUGGGUACACGGAGCUUGUGAAACAUUUGAUAAGGUUAAGAGGAUCUGCCGAGUACGUUUCAAUCAAGCGGACCUCAAUGUUGAUGGAAGCUUGUUGUGUAGGACAUACAGAAAUUGUGAAGGAGUUACUUGCAAGUGGAGCUGAUGUAAAUGCAGUUAGUUCGACUCAAAACACUCCUUUGAUCUACGCAUCAACGACAGGAAAGCUUGAGGUACGUUUAUUUAUUAAUUUUGUUUAAUAUUCUUUUUGUGGAUUUCAAUAAUUUCUUGCUUUCAGUGUGUAAAGCUACUUUUGGAUAUUCCUGGGUUAGACAUUGAUGCCAGAAACUUGAGUGGACACACAGCUCUGAUGGAGGCCAGCAGUGCGGGACACCUCGAUAUUGUGGAAGAAUUGAUUUCAAAUGGAGCAGACAUCUUUGCGAUUGUUGAAAACGUUGAUUUUAAGGUGAGUUACUUUAAUUUAAACUUUAUUUGAUUUUUAGGAGUCGUCUUUGUCGUUGGCAUCUUACCGAGGUCACGUUGAGGUGGUGAAGUACCUGUUCAGUCGGAUGGAGGAAUGUUCGGAACGAAGCGAAGAGCUCCAUACCGGAUUGCUUGAAGCAGCGAUGAAUGGACAUUACGAUGUAGCUAAGGCGUUGCUUGAUGGCGGAGCUCCAGUGAAUCUACCUACUGAGAACUUUGAAAGUCCACUGACGUUGGCUGCUUGUGGAGGACACCUGGAGUUAGUGGAGUUGUUAGUUGAAAGAGGAGCUGAUCUAGAAGAGCCUAAUGAUGAAGGCUACACCCCGUUGAUGGAGGCUGCUCGUGAAGGAUAUAAAGAUGUUGUAGAGUAUCUUCUUGACCAUGGAGCGAACGUUAAUUCCAAGAUCGAGGAAGGAAUUGAGACACCUUUAACGUUGGCCGCUUCUGGUGGAUAUUUGUAAGUGUUAUAUUAGUUUAGCUAUUGUCAAAGAAACAGUAGAUGUUGUUUUGUACAAUUUUGGUAUAUUUAGCUUUACUUUUUCGUAAUUAAUUGUACAUGAGAACGUUUGAGAGCCGUUACAUAAUUUUGGUAAUAACGUUUUUGAGUCGAAAAUUUGAAAAAUUUAUUACCUAAAUUUAAAAAAUACAAUUUUGAUUUAUCAUUUGUAGUUUAAAAGCAAAUCUCACAUAUUUUUAGGAACGUUGUGCAAAUUCUUGUGAGAAGAGGUGGAGAUUUGUUUCUGGGAGAACGGACACCGUUAUACGAAGCCGUGCAAGAAGGUCACGUUGAGGUUGCGAAGUUUAUUAUUAGUGAACUGAAGAAUACUGAAAAGAAAACUGUAAGUGUUUACUUGAAAAGCGAUACCUUAUUUAAAAUAUUUUUGUGUGUUUUAAAAUGUUACCUAAAACGAUUUAGGAGGCGAUCCAAGAACUCAACUUUGCUUUGGUGUGCGCAGCUGAGAAUGGAAGCCUCUCCAUGUGUAACAUGUUGUUGGAGAAUGGUGCCAGUAAGGAUUGUUUUUCAAAAGAAGGUCGAACGCCGUUGAUGGAAGCGUCGAAACAUGGAAAUCUGGAGAUCAUCGAGUUCUUCAUCGCCAAAGGAGCUGAUGUCAACAAGAACUCGCCGAACAACGAUGUCACAGCCUUGUCGUUGAGUUGUCUGUAUGGCCACGCUGACGCUACCAAGACAUUGCUUAUGCACGGUGCUAAUCCAGAACACACGUUGAAGGAUUCAGUAACGUGUAUUAUUGAAGCAGCAAGAAAUGGCAGUACGGAGUGUGCCAAACUUCUGCUGGACUACAUUGGCAAUCCAGUGCAAAAGGCGUCAACAGCUGUAUGUUCAUCUUACUUUUGUUAAUCAUUAAGUUUACUUUUAUUGUAUUACUUAAAUCUUUUUAGGCUGAGAUUCACAAUCGUCCGAAGAUUAAACCGGUGUCUAAGCUUCAAAACGGAACAGCCCAUUCCAGAGUCAACGAAAAGAAGCUCGCUAAUGAAACUCAACAACUACCUGGACAUCGUUCUGUCACUGACGAUCACAAGCACUCAAAUUGUAAGUUGAGUAAGUAUUUUCUAUCAUCUUCUUUUAUUAUUGCUUUUACUAAAUUUUUAUGAACUUUUAGGUAAUAAAGUGUUACCAAAUAUUUUAAAAAGUUAAAAUUUUAGCCAUAAAGUCAGUCGAAGAGUCUUCGUUGGCUCACUUUCUAUACAACUGUAUAAUUGAACCGAAACGAAGAGAUGGUUGGUCAGACGACGACCUCUUCUACCUCAUGGACAGAAUUGCCACUUCCAAGCUGCUGGACGUCGAUCCCAAGAAGAUUGCUCGGCUACUGAUGGACGAGCAGGAAGGAAAGUCAAAUUACUUCUCGAAUCCAGCCGGUUUGUUAGACCUCAACUCCCUGUCCGAGUCUUCUGGAUGUCCCUCAUGUCAACACAAUCAGCGAGUAGCCGCCAAAACUUCUGCCGUCAACGUCAACACUGCAGCUGUUCUUAAUGCCAUUCAUAAUGCAAGGUCGGGUGCUGAAGAAGCAGCUCGAGUCGCUAACUCAGUGUUCCCUCACGGUGCGCUUCCUCCAGAUUCUGGAACUCUCGGUUCUACAUGCAACACCACUAUCAGAAGGAAGGUGAUUAAAACUCAAGUGGGCGUUAACGAUAAUGUGUCUAAAACAACGACUUCAGGUUGUAAGUUGUUAUAUUUUAUCUAUUAUACUGUGUUUAGUGAAACAAAAGUUGGCAGAGACAAGUGAAAUGAUCAGGUCCAAGUUAGAAUCCCUUUCGGUAGAAGCCGAGUACCUGGCUCAGCUGUCGAGUUCAUCAGGAGCCGCCAAUCCGCCUGCUGGAUCUCUGGAGGAAGCCAUGAUGAAACUCAGCGACCUUGGAUUCUCUUACAAUUGUGAGUUGUUUUCGAAUUGGCAUUGUUGGUAAUUUAGAAUUAAAAUUUUAAAAAGCUGUAUUUAAUAUUCUAUGUAUUUUUCAGCAGCUUCUCAAGGCGUUCCGUCGUUCAACAGCCGUGGCUCUCCAAUUCCUGGUGACUUUCAUUCAACUCAAAGGAAAACGAAUCGCAGUAACGCCUACAGUAAGAUAUGCUCUGAAACCAUCACUACCACUGCCACCAACGGCCGAAUCGGCCGUCGUGUAACAAAGACAACGACUUCCGACAGAAGAACGGCUUCAGUUGGCUCUUCCCUUCCACCGACCUCUGAACUUUUCUCUCGAACUCCUGGAGAUCCACAUGUAGCAAACGUCGUUGAUCUUCCAACCGAAACGAAUGCAGACACCGCGUUAACAGUAGCAUGUGUUGGGGGUCAUGACACGUUGGUACGAUUGCUUAUUGACCGAGGGGCUAACGUAGAACAUAGGGACAAAAAGGGAUUUACACCUUUGAUUCUGGCUGCUACUGGAGGGCACGUCGAGGUUUGCAAACUUCUGAUCAGUGCAGGAUGUGUGAUUGAUGCUCAAUCCGAGAGAACCAAAGACACUGCUUUGUCGUUAGCUUGUUCUGGAGGACGAAGAGAUGUAUGUUCCUAGCGUUUUGAAAUAGAACAUAACUAAACUAUAAGUUAACUAACUUUAAAUUUCAGGUUGUUGAGCUUCUGCUGCAAUUUGGGGCGAACAAGGAACACCGGAAUGUCAGCGACUACACUCCCUUGUCUCUGGCUGCAUCUGGAGGAUAUGUGGAGAUAAUCACGCUGCUUCUGAAUGCUGGAGCCGAAAUUAACUCUCGUACCGGAUCGAAGCUGGGGAUCUCACCGCUGAUGUUAGCUGCUAUGAACGGACAUGAUCAAGCCACUUUUUUGUUGCUAGAAAGGAAGUCUGAUAUCAAUGCACAAAUUGAAACGAACAGAAACACGGCUUUGACAUUGGCUUGUUUCCAGGGAAGAACUGAAGUCGUGAGGUUGUUGUUGAAGUAUGAAGCUAACGUCGAACAUCGCGCAAAGGUGUGUCUUUUAUCUUUAGAAAAUAUUGUUUUAAUGCAACUAUAAUGAGUUUGAAUAUAUUUGUUUUAGACUGGAUUGACACCGUUAAUGGAGGCGGCAAAUGGUGGUUACACUGACGUGGGAGAGCUGCUGCUUCAGGCUGGUGCUGAUUCCAAUGCUCCACCUGUACCAAGUUCUAGAGAUACAGCUUUGACCAUCGCUGCUGAUAAAGGUCAUUCGGCUUUUGUGGACAUAUUGCUUAGUCAUGGAGCUGCCAUUGAUGUUAGAAACAAGAAAGGAUGCACACCGUUGUUUUUGGCGUGUGCUGGUGGUCAUCUGUCUACAGUUCGAAGUUUGAUUAACAAGGGAGCUGACCCCGAUGCUAUGGACAACAGGAAGACUCUACCAGUUGUGGCGGCUUUUAGAAAGGGCCACUUUGAGGUGGUAGAGUUCAUGGUUGAACACGUGACUCAGUUCCCCAAUGAUUCGGAGUGUCUUCGCUUCUACAAAGCCAAUACCGAUCAAGAAGCGGCUAAAAACAUCAAGAAGUGUUUAUGUUUGAUUGUGAAAGCGAAGGAGAAACAAGCUGAGCAAGCUAACAAAGCCGCUGAUGCCCUGCUACAACUACUAGAAGAAGAAAAGAAGCAGGCAAAAGUGAAGGAAGAGACCAAAAAGAAACAAAAGGAAAAGAAAAAGGCGAAGAAACUGGCCAAAAAGAUGCAGGACGUUAAAGACGACGAUAAGGACUUGGAGGAAGAUCAAGGCAGCGAAGAAAUGACACCUACUAAAGAGAACAAGGAAGUUGUGGAAGAAGUCGUGUCAGAAGAAGAACGAGUACCGAUAGUACCAGUAAAUGAAAAACCUGAGCAAAAAGAGGUUCAACAGGCGCCAAAGCAGAAGAGGCAGUCUAGAAGACAGAGGAACGAGAGCAAUGGUAAGAGGAUACUGUAGUUUAAUUCAUUAUAUUUUGAGUUAUUUUUAUUUUUAAAACUAUAUUUUGUUUCAGCUGCUUCAAUCUCCUCUCCUAAAACCGCACCAUUACCGUCAAACGGCGUCUACAAGAACGUUGUUUUACCAACAGAAGACUUAGAAUGGCACAGUGCAGGGAAGAAGCGAGCAGUGGUAAGUUCUAUCAACAAAGUAUUUUGUAUUAUGGCUUGUUUUUUAUCUCUAUACUAUAAUAAUCUUCUAAUUUUAGUCACGUGGCAAAGAGUCUCGAAACAGUAAAGAACGUUCAGUUAAUGAUGGCAACUCAUCUGAGUUUGACGCUAUUUGUGAGAUAACAAAGGACAACAGCAACAUAAUUGAAACCUUGAAUCAGAGUGACCCUAAUUCGAAGAGGAAAAUCUACGCUCUCAGUGUUAAUUCAAAUACCGUGGCCAGGAUAAUAGGUAGGGGUGGGCAGAACAUCAACGCUAUCAGAGAGGCAACGGAUGCUCACAUUGAAGUAGAGAAGAUAGCUACGCGACGAGAGCAAAGUACCCGGACUAUUGCAGUCAAAGGUCCGUACGAUGUGGCCAAGGCUGCUGUCAUAAUGAUCGAUCUUUUGAUCAGGGAUAGCGAGACUCCCGUCAACGACAUCAUCAAGAGAGUCACCCGUUCUCGGUCAAGAUCGUCUACUUAUGCUCAUUCUCAAGCCUUAUCUAGCUACCGAAACACGGUUCCGUCUUCUAACACGUCAAACGUGUCUUCUACUCAAGGUUCGGGUAAUAUUUGGCAGAAGCGAGCGGCUAUUAGACAGAUGAAUCAAGGAAACGAACCGACUUACCAAGAUUCCCAAUCCAGCGAAACCUCACCUCCACCGAACGAGAUUCCGUCUGCUCAGCCUGUGAUUUCAUCUUCGGCAUCGCCAGUUGGAUCUCUCACAGAAAGUCCCAGUCCAGUUCAGAAGUUUGUGGAGAAAGAAGAUCCUGAAGUCGUGCCAAGCACAUUCCCAGCCAAACUGAUAGACGAAGACUUGCGACGGAAAGCUCCAGGAUGUGAUAGACCAACAGCCAAUCAUUUGAGGGAAAUUCAAACGUAAGUCUGCUAGAAAUGAUAGUAUUUAUAAGGGGCAGUUACAGAUUUUUUUAUUAUUUUCAAACUUUUGGGGCCAUACUAGAGAAAGCACCCAACAUAUUAAAGGCACCCAAUAAUGGUUUAAUGCACCCAACAAUCUUUAUUCAAAUUUUAUCAUUAUGAAACGUAGCGGUUUUGAAGAGCGGUGUGGAAGUGUCCAAUUCGUGAAUGGCGAUUGUUGUAGCAAAAACUGAAAAAAAUAUAAUAAGGUGCACGGCUACUGUAAUUAUAUAGUUGGCCACUAUAACUAGAUAGUAGUUUUUAUAUUUAUGGUAUGCUUGAUUUUAAAUUUUUUUAGUAAUGGAGAUAUCUACAACAAUGUCGCCGACCAACCGACCCUUCCAACAUUGGAAAACAAUUUCAUCGAUCUGGCUCGGAUUCUAAAUGACGUUCCAAUGCAGUUGUCUUCAGUAAAUCCUUCAAGCUCACCUUUACUUCCAUCGCUUGCCUCUUUGAAUGGAAGCUCUGGCCAAGAAAAGAAGACUAGGCCAUUGUCCGAGAUCUGGGACAGUCGCGGAAUGGACAGCAACACUUCCGACUCGUUUGGUCUCAACUUUGGAACUAUGUUUGGAAGCAGUGUGACCGAUCCCAAAGCUUCUUUCUGGCUUCCUCCUCAAUCGAAGAACGAUUCCGUUAGAGAUGACACUUGGCUUGGCUCUUCAGGGGCCUCUCUGUUUGGAGCUAUUGGAAGUGACAAGAACGGAUCUCAGAAAGGAAAUCGACCACAUUCGUCCACCGACUGGACUAAUUCUAUUCCAAAUCCAUCAGCUUCAUGGGGACAAGGUCAGGCUUCUCAGUGGUCCACGUCUCCAAAGGUACCUACGACAAACGGGACUCAAUCGAACAAACAAAGAAUGACAGGAUCAACAUGGGGUAACGAUGACAAGAUCGACGUCUUCCAUCAAUUGGCAGCACAACUUGGAGAUGCAGCCGAGAAAGAAAAGCUGAAACAAGGAGCUCAACAAAUCUAUUCAUCGUACAACCAAGUCGAUGAUAGAGUAGGUGUACUUUUAUGUUGCUAUGAUUUUACAGUAGUUUACGACUUCAAAAGAUUUUUUGUAACCUAUUCUUACAUUUUUAGUUUGGUGCCCCUGCAUCUCGCCAGUCGAUGCCGCCCUUAUCGCAGCCAGCAACAGCCGUAGCCAACCAUCCUACAGUAAUCAAAUCUUACUUGGAUAGUAUGCAGCAGUCUUCUAAUGACAUCAGCUCCAUUCCUUCGAACGCACCAUCUUUCUACAAUCGAAUGUCUUCCAGUCCAUCACAACGCCAACACUAUGGAAAUCGACCGGUCGGACCAUCACCUGGCCAGAUGUCUUCACAACAGGCAGGAUUGUUCUACCCCAAUCAACGAUCCAUUCAGCCAGGAAUGCCUCCACCGCCCUCCUUCGUCCAGCCUCCACCCGGAUUUCAGAUGAACCGCCCUUCUGGACAGAUAGGACAGCCGCCCCCUCCGCCGCCGUUCUUCAGUUCUCAAGGCAAUCCUCGUCAGAAUGCGGUUUCUGGGCCAUUUCCGAGAAACGGUAUGAUUGGAGGUAAUGCGCCACAGCCUGGAUUCCAAGGGUAAGGCUUCGACUUUUGAUAGUUUUUACCGUGUUUUGAUGUUUUUUUACAUUUUUCUAAUUUCGUGUAGUAGACUGAUAAUACUUCUAUGUUUCAGAGCCAACUGGACCAAUUACCCGAACAGCAUGAACCCUCCUCUUCCCAAACAACCUUUCAAUGGUUCUGCUCCACCUUCCCAAUGGAACUCGUGGAACUACUGA